AAAAAUUUUUUCAGUCUUACAUUAAAUUCGGUCACGUUUAGAUGUGUUUUACGGAUUGUUGUCUUGAAUUUUGUUAGUGCAAUUGUGUGUGUGUGCGUAUUUAUUAAACAUAUUAUAUUUACUUAAAUUGUGCAAAAAAAAAAAAACUUAUAAAAUAAUAAAAUUAAAAGAAGAACGAAAAAUUUUAUAAAUUAUUGACCCAAAUUCUUAACAUCUUAUAUCAAGAAAGAAACAGGAACAAUUCUCAUUUUCAAAACAUUUGCUGGAGUAUUUACUUAAAAAAUACAUACAUAUAUAAUUAUAAUUAAAUAGGUUUUUGUCAACUUAUCAACCGAAAAUGUAAGCCUACAAUUUGCUGCUUUUGACUUUGGAAUAAGAUUCUUUUUUUUUGUAAAUACAAUGAAGACAUAGUUAUGUAUAAAAUUUGAUCUUCAUUUCAUAGACGAUUAAAAUAUAAUACUAGUAUUAUAUUAUACAUAUAUAUAUAGAGAAAAGUUGGAAUGUUUUUAGCAAUAUUUAGCCAAAUGUGGAAGAAUGUAAAAUCAAAAGAAAAAAACAAUGAAUUACUUUCGGCAAUGUCAUCGUCAUCCGCAACAUCACCUGAUGAUAGCAAAACAAAUUCACCAUCACAAAUUUCUAUAAAAACUAAUAGAACAUCAUUAACAACAUCACCGGAAGAAAAUUCAUUAGAAGAAAAACCAUCAUUAGAAAUAAAGAAAAAAUCAUCAAAAAUUCAUAUAAAAAAUUUCAAUGAAAUGGGAAGCCAAAAAAAAAUCUUAAGUUUAACCAAUGAUAAUAAUACUUUAUUAAUAGCUUCAAUGGAUACACCUAAUGCAUCAAAAAUUGAACAACGUUUGGUAUGCCAAUGUAAAUGUCAAUGUAAUAUUAAAUGUCGAACAAAAACAAAACUUCUAUAUGCAAAUGGAGAAAAUUCUGAACAAAUAAAAUCAUCAUUAGGUAUUUUAACAUUACCACCAUCAUUACUUACAAAACCAUCAAAAUCACGGUCAUUAAAAAAUGGAAGUUUAUCAACGACAAAAACAGAUAGUCCUUAUUAUUAUAAUAAUAAUGAUAAUAAUGAUGACGAUGAUGAUGGUGAUCCUUCAUCAUCAUCAUCUGAAGAAAAUUCAAUAAUUUUAGAAAAAAAAUUAAAAACAUUUUCAAAAUCAUUUACUAUUAUUUAUAUAUUAAUGGCAGCAUUAUUUAUGUGUGUAUUAACACAAGGUAUAUGGUUAUAUACAAUAUAUAUAAAGAAUCCUAAUAAUUCUAUAGUAAUUACAUCGUCUUUACCAUCAUCGUUGCCGUCGUCGUCGUCGUCAUCGUUGUUGUCGUCGUCAUUGAAAUCAUCAACAGAAUCAACAGAUUUAAAAUUUAGAGAAAAUUUACGAAAUGAAUUAUUAUUAAAUAAAAAUUUUUUAGAAACAAUUGUGAUUGAUAUUAUUAAAGAUAAUAGUGAUUUAAUGAAAUUAAAUAAUAAUAAUAAUAAUAAUAAUAAUAAUGAUUAUUAUAAUUAUAUUAAUGAUUAUAAUAGUGCGCAACAAUUACAUCAGACUGAUAAAAAUUAUUUUAAAUACGAUAAUUACAAUAAAAAUUUGGAAAGCACAAAGAUGCCUUACGAUGAUGAUGAUGAUGAUGACAGUGGUGGUGGUGUUGUUGAUAAUGGUGACAACGAUUCAAAGAAUAAUAAUGAUAGAGAAAUCGUUAAGAAUGAAAGGAAACGUUCUACUAAUGCUAAUAUCAGAAGUAGGUUUGCCAUUAAAAGUAAUAAUCCUAUAUUAUUAAGCAAAAGCCAUCUAAAUAGUAAACUAAGAAAAAGGGAUGUUUCUUCGGCACAUAAUUUACAACAUGGACAGGUUACGGAAUUCUUUCAUCCAAGCUAUAGAAAAGAAUUAGAAGAACAGGAUAUUGAAGAGAAAAAACGAACUGGUAAAGGUACUGCACCAAAUGGUGACGAUUGGGUUUAUUUAACAACAUUUAGUAGAGUGCCGCAACAACAAGUAACAGAUCAUUGUAAAAAAGUUAAAGAAUAUUGUGCACCGGGUCCUAUUGGACCAGUAGGGCCACCAGGCCCCAAAGGUCCACCUGGAUUGCCAGGAGUACCAGGUCACAAAGGUAAUCGAGGAGAUGUUGGAAUACCAGGACCACCAGGAUUUGAUGGAAGAGAAGGUCCAAAUGGACCGAGAGGUCCAAAAGGUGAUCAAGGACUUCCAGGAAAUCCGGGUUUGGAUGGUAGAGAUGGUGUACCCGGUGAACCAGGUUUAGAUGGAGUUCCUGGCAGAGCUGGUGCUGAUGGUAUACCAGGCAAAAAUGGUGUUCCGGGAAUAAAUGGUACAAAUGGAAUGCCUGGAAUUAAUGGUUUACCUGGAGCACAAGGACCAAAAGGUGCUAUGGGACCGCCUGGUGAACCCGGACCAAAAGGUGCAACUGGACCACGUGGUAGACAAGGAAAACCUGGUAUUAACGGUAUAAAUGGAAUUCCCGGUAUAAAAGCAUGGAAAAUCAACUUAAAUAAUACCAGUGAUACAAGUGAUUUACUCAUACCACCAUCAAUUGCAGAUUUAUAUAAUACAAGUCGAACAAUUAUUGUUGAAGAAGGAAAAGAUUUACGUUUAUCAUGUGGUGCAAAUGGUACACCAGAACCAAAUAUUGAAUGGAGACGUAAUGAUGGCCGAACAAUAUCUGUUCAAUUUGAAGAAUUUUCAUCAAUCAAUGGAAGAUUCCUUAAUAUAAGUAACAUCACCCGUAACCAUAUGGGAGCUUACAAUUGUUAUGCUGAUAAUGGAAUACCACCAGUAGCAGUUGCAACUUAUGUUGUUGAAGUUCAUUUUUCACCUAUGAUUUCUGUUUACAGACAGACAAUAUUCGCUUUAGAGGGUGGGGUUGCUUCAAUGGAGUGUCAGGUUGAAGCUUUUCCAGAAGCUGUACGUUAUUGGGAACGUGUAUCAGAUGGUAAAAUUCUUUUACCUGGUGAAAAAUAUCAAACAGCAACUCAUACAGAUGGAUAUAAAGUUACAAUGCGAUUGUCCAUAAAUAAUUUAUACUCAGAUGACUUUGGUCGUUACUUUUGUGUUGCAAAGAAUGAACUUAAUUCAACAAUUGCAUCAUUUGAAGUUAUAAAGAAAAACCCAAAUAACGCUCUACCAACAAUGCCAAGUUUAAAAGUAUUUGGGCGUCGUCCGCCAGAAGUAUUUUGUCCGCCAGCAGUUGUAUGUGAAAAAUGCGCUGAACCAAGUGAAUUUGAGUGCAAAGAUGAGAUUAGAACCAAUUUCUAUAUACAACAGACUGGUAAUUACAGUUAUCCUGGAUGGCCAAAACCAGAUCAUGGAUGUCAACUUACUGCUGUUGGUAAACCAGUUUAUAAUAAAUUCACAGAUGAAAUUUAUGGUGCAUGGUUAAAAGAUGGCGUUGAUAGUAAUGUAAAUAAGAAACAAGAAUUAAUAUAUGUAACAAGACAAAAUUAUAAUAAUCGUCUGUAUCAAUACAAUGACAGAAAUCAAUUUAAACUGAACACAUCUUUCAAGCAUUAUGAAAUCAGAGAAGGAUUUGUGGGUAAUGCUCAUGUUGUAUAUAAUCGAAGUUUCUACUUUCAUCAAUUGGAUACGAAUUAUGUUGCAAGAUAUGAUUUAGAAAAACAAAAAAUUGUAGCAACACAAGAGAUGCCACAUUUAGGAUAUAAGGUUAAUAAUACCCUUUAUACCACACAAAGAAAUUUCAUGGAUUUUAAUGUUGAUGCUUCCGGUUUAUGGGUCAUAUAUAGCGCAGAUGAUUCUAAUAAUACAAUUGUUGCCAAGUUGAAUGCUGAAACAUUACAAAUACAAUAUAGCUGGAAUAUAACAUUGGAUCAUCAUAAAUUUGGUGAAAUGUUUAUCAUUUGUAGUGUUCUAUAUGCAAUUGAUUCAGUCACCGAAACAAAAACAAGUAUUAGCAUUGGCGUUGAUUUAAUAUCGGGUAAACUUUUAGGAGUUAAUUUACCCUUUACAACACCAUUCCGUUUUGCAACAACUGUUGGAUAUAAUCGUAAUCAAAUGGAACUUUAUUCAUGGGAUAGAGGUAAUCAGUUAACAUAUCCAAUACGUUUAAGAGAUUUUCCCGUUAAGGAUCCCUAUGAUGAAUCUCUAUUCAUGACAAGAAAUAUGGAUUUUACAAAAAAGUAAAUUACAUUAAAGUUAAGAACCAUAAAAUUUUAAUUGAAAUUUUAUAAUAUAAAAAAAAAA